AAACUGGUAAGAGCUAGGUGAUUCAUUGAUCUAAUAUUAUUGUUGAUUACAAAUGCACCAUUUUCUGCUUGCUAGAUUAACAACUAGGACCCCCCACUUUGGUGUUGUUUGCCACAAUGCCAUUCUUUUCUUCAAUUCACGUACUUUAUCUGUAUCAAACACAAAUAAUCACAAAGGUGGCACCUUUAAUGCAUUUAGCAUCAUCAAUUCAUGUGGGUUGUCCCCUGAAAAGGCACUGGAAAUGUCCAAAAGGUUGGAAUUGAAAAACCCAGAUGGGGCAAAUGCUGCAAUUGAUCUUCUCAGGAACUAUGGGUUCUUGGAGAGCCAGCUCAAUAGCCUUAUAAAGAAAUUCCCUUCUGUGCUUUUCUCAAAUUCAGACAAGAUCCUUUUGCCAAAACUCAAUUUCUUUCGUUCUAUUGGGUUUUCAGCCACUGACCUUCCUAAAUUCCUCGUUAUGAAACCUACAUUUCUUAAAUCAAGCUUGGAGAAAACCAUUAUUCCUUGUUAUGGGGUAAUCAGAAGUCUAGUUCGCAAUGAUAAUGAAGCAGUUUCCACUUUAAAGCAUGGGCUGUGGCACUGUAGCAGAAAUGUGGUGAAUAAUUCACUUCCAAACAUAAAGGCUUUGAGACAGCUUGGUCUGCCUCAAAGCUCCAUUUCUCUCCUGGUAGCCAAUUUUCCUAGUGUCACAUUUAUGAAGCAUGCAAAAUUUGUUGAAGCUAUGGAGAAAGUGAGGGAACUGGGGUUUGAUCCUUUGAAAACAAAUUUUGUUAUGGCACUUAAAGUUUUUUCAGAUAUGAGUGAAGCAUCAUGGAAAUCGAAGUUCGAGGUUUUGGAGAAGUGUGGCUGGUCAAGUGAUAUGUUUCUUUUAGCUUUCAAGAAGCAUCCCCAGUUUAUGGUCUCAUCAGAACACAAGAUUCUUAAAAUAAUGAGCUUUUUGAUGAAGGAUGUAGGUUUGGCCCCCGAAGACAUUGCUAGAUGCCCUGCGCUUCUUAAAUGCAACUUGGAGAAGACAGUUAUUCCUAGAUUUGCAGUAAUUAAAAUUUUGAAGAGAAGGGGUUUGGUAAAGAGUGAUUUGCAAAUAAGUACUUUUAUUAAGAUUAGUGAAAAAUUGUUUCUGAAGAAAUAUGUGACUCGAUUUCAGAGUUAUGAGCCACUAGUUUUGGCUGCAUACAAAGCUCAGAACUCAAAUUGAUUUUCUGGUUAUACCUUAGGCUUGGAACAUUUUAGUUGGCUGUAUUUGAUGCCAGAAAUUUUUUUGACUUUCUUUAUAUGUUAUGUUACAGAUUAUGGUUGCUCUGUUUUAUUUGAAUAGGCAGAGCACUUUAAAUGAGGAUUCAUAAGAUUGAUGAA